AUGAAAUGUAAAAAAUGUCAAAUUGAUAAACUUUCGGAAGAGUUUCCAUUUGGUACAAUUAGUUUAAAAUGUGAACAUGUUUCUUCCUGGUGUUUGAAGUGUCUUGUGAUAUAUCUUAAAGAAACACAUCGUCAAUGUCCUAUAUGCAAAGUUGAAUUAACGCAUCAAGAAUUUAAUGAUUACUGCUUGCUUUGGGAUAAUUCAAAUUUUAAAAUCGACCUAGAAAGUUUCUCACAAACGGAUAAUAAACUUUCUGGACAAAAUACAAAUUCUGGAGCUUUUUUUGUUGUACGAUUAAAUGGCGAAAAAUUUGAAUUAAAACUCACCGAGAUCAAUACUGUUAAAGAAUUAAGGCAUAAAUUAAUGCAUUAUACAAAGAUAGAUGAUGAUAGCACACUCACAAGUUAUGGAAUUUGCGCAAAUAGUCAUAUUCAGCUUAUUGUCUUACUUUAUUCUAUCACGAAAGGACAAGCUGUAAAAAGUUUAGUAUUCGAUUUAUAUUGGGGUUACCCUAAAUCAGGACGAGACUAUCUCGACGGCACUUGUUUGAUAUAUAAAGGUAACAACUUAUGGAAAACAUACGACUAUAAAACUAGGAAUCAUCUUGACGUAUCAUAUAUCUCACAUUCCGGAGAUAACAUGGAUGAUAAUGAUGCUACGGGACAUCACAAAAUCUCAGCAAAACUUGAUAAACUUCCUAAUGAUGUUACGCAACUUUAUUUAAUCUUGAGUUCAUGGAAGUCUCCAAAAAUUAGUCAUUUUCGGAAACCAAGCUUUAAAUUAUAUGAUGAAAUGAAUCCUUAUAAACAAUUGUGUAAGUACAAUUUACAUGAAGCUGGCAAUUCACAAGCCGUUAUAAUGUGUCUUAUUAAUAGAUCACAUAAUGGCCAUUGGAAUGUAAUUGAAGUAGGCAAGUUAUCCAAUGGGAAUGCUAAAGAUUACGGUCCAAUUAUAAGCAAUAUAAGUAAGAUUAUUGAUUUAGGACAUAAAAUAUAUUCGAAAUAA